ACUGAGUUGCUGACGGAAAUGUCCUCGCUUACAAAAAGAAAAUAAACAAAUCAAAUUUUUGCAUAAAUUAUACAGCUUAAUAAUCAACCAAAUGAUGUUUAUAUUCUUUUAAUUGACCUCUAUUGUGAUAAUUUAUAUAUUGUAAUGAGUGAGAACAAAGCUAAUUAGUGAAAAUAAAAUGAUCAACAGAUAAUUAACUUGUUCAAUCAUGACUGGUCACGCAGUGGUUGUGUGGGAAUAUGAAAUUAGGUCAGGUUAUUGGAAGCCCUACAGCCCAGCAGUUAGUCAACACCUGGAAAGGGCUAAAGGAAAACAGUUAACUCGAGUAAUUUUAUCUGAUGCUGAUCCAACAUUACAAAAUUAUUUCAUUAAUCUCAGAACUUUAACCCAAGAACUAGAGGAUUCGGAUAUAGUGGUUCCAGUUAGACGAAAAUGCUAUUCACCCUCUUCUCCAGCUGGUAAGGGUGCAAGAUGGGAGUGUUCUGGCUCUGAACACAACCAAGAAUGGCAUCCUUUUGAUAUGGAUAUUCAGUGUCUAAUAGAAGACGCCUGGGCAAAGGGGAACCAAAUGUUAGAUAUGAGUAAAACACACUUGGGAUUUCCUUAUUUAAUUAAUUUUAGCAAUUUAACUCAAAGAUGGUUAACUAAUGGAUAUAUACGUAAUGUGAGAAGGAUAAAACAAGCUCCAUAUCCAUUAGUUAAAGUGAAACUUGAAGAAUUGGCACCAGUUGCAGGGCGAAGAUGCUCAAAUACAAGGAAUGCAUCAAAACCAAAUAAUUCUACACAGAGUCAAGGCACCAAAGUGAUAGGUAGUAGUGCAAUUUUAAAUCAAACAGAUAACAAUAAGAAAUCAACCAGUAAAAAAAAAUCAAAUACUAAAGUAAAAUCUGGAAAUGACAACACUACAAAUUUAGCAAGACAAAUUCUAAAUAAUCUGAACAUAUUUGGACAUAAAUCCAACACUACACCAAUAUUCCAAAAUACGGAAAACAAAACUUUAUUAGAUGCAGAUAGUAGCAGUACAAAAUCAGGAAGAAGGCCUAGCCUAGACACUGUCUCAACUUACUUGAGCCAAGAGAGUAGAGAAAGUCAAGCUACAGCUUCAACUGCAGAUUUAAUAAAUUGCAGCGGUAGUGAUGAUGGAGUAGUAGAAGAUUUACCUUCAAUAAUAGGUUUAGACCCAGCAAGUGCUACAAUAUCCCGUUUUGUUCGAAUUUCAAAAUCAAGUGAAUGGGCGCCUAGGCAACCUUGUCCAGUUUGUAGACAGCCACUCAAACCUGAUGUAGUAGUGAUUGCUCUUCCUUGUAAUCAUGUAUUACAUCUAGAUUGCUUAAACUAUGCUUUAAAUGAGCAACAAGAGACAGGUUCACAUUUACAUAUUCAAUGUGCUGUUUGUGGAUGUAUAUAUGGAGAAAAACAUGGAAAUCAACCACCUGGAACAAUGGAAUGGAGGAGAGUAGAAAGAAGUUUACCUGGCCAUCCCAAUUGCAGGACAAUUCAGAUUAUUUAUAACAUCCAAUCUGGAAUUCAAGGUCCUGGACAUCCUAAUCCUGGCAGAGAGUAUUAUGCUGUGGGAUUUCCAAGAGUUGCUUACCUUCCCGAUAAUCCCAAAGGGAGAAAAGUUUUAAGGUUACUAAACACAGCUUGGCACCGAAAACUCAUUUUUACAGUAAGUAGGUCCCAUACCACUGGCUGUGAAGAUGUAGUAUCUUGGAACAUUCCUCAUAAGACUGAAAUUGGUCCGAAUACCAAUGGCCAUAGUUAUCCAGAUCCUGCUUAUAUUAAUAAUGUUAUAAGAGAAUUGGAGGCGUUAGGAGUUGUUGAGGAAGAAACUUAUAAAAGAUAACGUUUAUCUGAGUCGAGCUUCUUUUUGGUCAGUAGUUUAUGUGAGAUAUAAAAAGGUUAAUUUUGAAUAUGUUAUAUCACAAUAGAAAUUGAAGAUUUUAUAGGUAAAUCAUAUGCUCUUUGUAAUGUAUACAAAAAUUCACAGCCAUAUUAAUUACUGAGACAUUAAUGAGUUAUUACAGGUUUCUAGUACAGUUUUACUUAAUUACAAAAACGUUCUGAAAAUUAAAAAGGUUGGUUUCUAUUAUUUGCUAUUCAUAUUUAUGAAGUAAAGAACUUUAAAAAAGUCUUGAAGGCUGAUUAAUAACUAUAUUUUAUGUAUGAAAAAAUUGAACCCGAAUAUAUUUUAAUAAGAUGUAUUUUGUAUAUUUGUAAAGCAUUUAUACGAUUAGUAGUUAGCUAUUUAGUCAAACAUAUUUUAUUGAGAUAAUAAUUGACACUAUGAAGAACAUUUUGAUUAAAUUGAAAUGAAUUAAUUCACAGAUAUCAAUUUGCUUACUUCAGCUGGAGAUUAGGCAUUAUUUUCUCAUUGAACUGUAGAAAAUUAGAUCUGUUCCUUUUAAUGCAAUUAAUCAAACAAUAAGCAUCUUAUGCCAAAUACAGAAAUAAAUUUUACGUAUCCUAUUUCAAAAUUUAAAAAAACUUACUGGUAGAUUAUUGAUACAAUUAAUACGAUUUCCGACAUUGCUCUUUUAAUAUUUUUUUAGUUUCCACUUCUUAAACUUUUAUAUAUAUUUCGUGAUGAUUUGUCAUAUAGGUGUUAAAUCAGACAGCAAAUCCAAAAUAUGCCUAGUAAGAGUGUGCAUUUAUUUUUCACAAAAUUACGAUCUCAAACUAUCUAAGAACUGCAAGACCAGGUCAGUUAUUGCAUUCUCUUAAUAUCAAUUUGCAAAAUUUCAAAAAUUUUCUAGUCGCGAGAGACAUAUUUUUAACAAGAUUUUUUAGUACUUGAUAAGUUUCAGCUUAAUAUCGAAUUAUGAAGGGAUUCAUAAAAAGUUGUGUCUUUUUUACUUUGCUCUCAACUAACUGUAAUAAGAAUAUAAUUUUAGAUCUUUGAGUGUUUACAAAAGGCCAAUAUUUUUUGUGACUAAGUAAAUUGAAACCAGAUUUAAUUUAGCUUUGAAUCUAUUACAGUCAACAUAGUCAGAAGUACACAAUAUUUGUUCAAUAAUUUUAAGACAAAAAAGGCAGAAUAACUCAACCAGAAUGUAUUCAUCAGCAAUCAAUAAAUCACUUUCCAAAGAGUUUUGCUCAAAAAAAAUCUUGUUUCUGAAAUUGAAAAAAUGUUUCAAUAUUUUGUCACUUGAAAACCACAGUACAUUUAAAAUUCUCUAUAAUCAUUGGUUUCUUUAAAUAAAAUGUUGAAUCCAAGCUUUAAAUAUAUGUAAUGUAUGCAAUGUACUCAGUUGGAUCUAAAAUAUCAUUCAACUCCAUGGCUUUUGCUCAGGGCUUCCAAUGGAUACAUCCAAUGAUAUAAAGAUAGUUUUUGAUAAAAAAAAUUUGAAAUACUAUUAAUUCGUUUCUAGUUAUUGCAAGUGUACCAACGACAUAUCAUUUUGCCUCUUAGUAAACCUGUCAUCUUAGGCCAAAUUAGGUGAAUAAUUCGGAAAAUCGACAUACUCAGUGUAUAAAAAUUUGUAUUUUGGCAUCUGAAAACUAUUCUCAAAAUUCAUAUAUAAUUGGAUGGUCCCAAGUUUUGAAAUCAAUUCAUUUUUUACAAAUACCUCGUUUUCUAUAGGUUUUACGCUAUUUGUAUUUAUUAUCAGUAUUGUAGAAAAUUCAAUUCUCUACAACUUUUAUACUGAAAAUUUUUUAUGCCUUAAACUGUUUUCGAGAUAGAGGGCGUAGAGUGCGCGGUCAGAGAAUUAUCUGAGGUCAACUGGUAGUCCCAGUAAAAAAUUCGUAAUAUUAAGGUUAUAUUUAUUACUAAAUAUACAGGGUGUUUGAAAACUUUCGCAUGCGAGUUAUAUCACUGCAUUAAGCGAAAAAAAUCGAUUAAAAAUCUCCAAACAAUCACAUGUCUAUAACGCAUAGAUUAAUCGCAAAUUAACAAUAAGGUUUAGCCAAUCAAAGCUUGUGGAACGUUUAAGUUCGAUUUUUUUUCGCUUAAUGCAGUGAUAUAACUCGCAUGCGAACGUUUCGUAACAACCAAUAUAAUUAUAAUUUCUUAUAACCUUUACAUUAAAUUCAAUCUAUCUAAAAAUGAUAAAUUUAUAAAUUACAUUGUAAUUAUAUUCUCAUUUACACUUAUAGCAUUCGAAGUAGAAAAUAAUUAAGUACAUCUUAUUUAAAAUCCGUAAACUUACUGCAGCAUCUGAAGAAGAAAACUGUCCGGUUCAUAGAUAAUUUAAGAGUGAAAUGCAAACCUUAUCAGCAGUUCAUAAUGCUCCAAAUCAGUGGAUAGUAUGGAUCAUCUCCGUUAUGUACUAUAUGUCAAGUCCACAAAUCUAACCAAUAUACCUGUGCAGUUAUCAAAUAUUCCACCGAGUGGAGCAGCUGCAGGAAUGGAGUUGGACAAUGUGUAACGAAUUCCUGGAACCUAUGACUAUAUUCUGUAACUGCAAAAGUGGCUGUGUCUCAAGAUGUGGAUGCAGAAAAGCGGGGUUACAGUGCUCUUUACCUUGUGGCCAGUGUAAUUGACAAGCUUGUCUCAAUGCUGUACCAUAUCAAACCGAUAUUAAUGAUAAUAGAAACUUUGACCCAGAAAUCAUGAAUGACUUGGAGACAAAGGUCGUUGAAGAGGAACUUGAAAUUCUGCAGCAGGGGGACGAUUAUGAAAAAGGAGAUGAAGAAGAAUUGAAUUAAAAUUAGAACUUGUUCUCUAAAUUUUUAUUAAUUUUGACUAUAAUAAAUCUAUAAAAUGACAUUGAAUGAAAAAAUUAAUUUAAAAUUUAUUUCUUUUCUUCCUUAUUUAUAUAGAAAGUCAUUAGUAUAAAUAGAUUAGAAUUAAAAUAUAACAAAUAGAUUUAGGAUGCUAAAAUACAAAUUUUUACGUGGUAAUAUACUGGGUAUGUCGAUUUUCCACCUAUAAUGAGUGGAAUAUUAUAUCAAUGGGUAUGGAAAAUACAUUUCUUCCUUGUCUGUGUAUCUAGACAGAAAAAUUCUAGUAAAUCUUGCAAUGAAUUCUAAUUUUUGUCGAAAAAAUGCAUUCAAAUAGUCAACAAACAUCUACUCAUCAUUUUCUGUAGUCUGAGACAACAAUGAUGCAUUUUAAAGCAUGUAUUCAUUCAUUGUUGUAUCUAGUUAAUUUUUAGGAGAGCAAAUGUUGUUGCAUUUCAUAUUUUUCUUGUAUUUUUUUAUAUGUUUAUACAAUUUUAUAUUAUUGUAAAUGUGCUUAUUCAGUAGUAACAUUUUUAUGUAUUUCCUUAGCGCAAAUUAUUUUUCUCAUCUUCAUUUAUUGGUAUUAAUUAUUCUAAUGUCGGAAGAAUCGUCAUUCUGAAAAAAUGCCUUUCAAUUUGUAGUUUUAAAUCUAGAUUAGAAUAUGCAUGAAUGACUGGUUAAUAAAUUUUCAAUUGUUCUAUUUAUAACUCUCUCUGAAAUACACUAAUGUAAAAGGUAUUUAAUAGUUCAGUCAGUCUCGAAAUUUUAUAUUAAUGCAAACUAAAUUCACGUUUGUAACAGUUUCAUAACUUUCAAAAAGUUGAAAUUUGGAAAAAAAUCUGUCUUAAUCUGGAAUUUGAAUUUUUUUUAUUCCCUUUAUAAGAGUAUUGGUAAAAGCAACUUCAAUGUAAUAGUCACUUAAUUGGAGGGUGCUAACAAAAAUAUAUAUCUUCAAAUAAUAAACAGCUAGUAAUAGGAGAAAAAUAUUGUAAUUUUAUUGUUAUGAAGAAAUGCAUUGAGAGUAUUUUUUUAAAUAUGUAGGUCAAAAUACGGUACUUGCUACUUUUUUAAAAAGUAUUUAUUUUUUUGUUUGUUUUAUAAGUUUUUGAUAUGAAAUAAUGUCAGAAAGUAAAAUAUUUAAUGAAAAACGAAAAAAUAAUAUUUAAAGAAUUGCAAAACGCAAAAAUUUCACAUUUUCAACUACAUAAGAAAACUAUUCUCAUUAGUUUUCAGUUGUAACGUCAUUUAAUUAUGAUUACGAGGUUAUCGUUGCCGGCAACAUAGCGUGUGUCGUUAUAAUUCAGUUUUUAUUUAUUAAUUACGUAUAAAUCAAACAUUUUUCUAUAUAUCAAGUAAAUAAAAUGAAUAAACCUUUUAUAGAUUAAGUUUUUAUAUUAUUACAUAAUGACGUUAAAAAUUAAAAACAUAAUAAACUUAAUUACUAUAAAAUAUUAAAAUAAGUUUAAUUCGAAUUUUACUUACAUCAAAAUAAUCCUGGCAACAAAAAUAAUUAUAUCUCACGGGAAGAACAAACGCCUUCAAACCAUUUUUGUUGUAUAUUCGAAUUUCUUGGCAUCAUAAGUUUGAUAAUAACGCUUAUUUUAGAAUAAUCGAGAGAAUUACUUGUAUCAUAUGUUCAGUGUUCAUUUUAUACCUAUGAGGUUACACAAUUUGGCAGCCUUACCGAAAUAUUUAAGCUACCUACAAAAUUUUUUGUCAAUAAAUAAUUGUCAAAGAUUUUUAAAAAAUUAUAAUUGAAGUUGUGUAUAAACUAACCAAAACUAUUUUUUUCUCUAAUCAUGCAAGUUCCUCAUACUAUUGAAUUGCUAUAAGUUUUGAAGAAGCUUUUCAUAAAUUACCUCCAAUAUUUUGAAAGAGAAACUGUUCAAACAUAUUGUUGCAAUUUAUUUUAUGUGUGAUAUUAUUUUGCAAUAUUAUUUUGAUUUUAAAAUGUUUAUUUUAUUUUGUAGUCUACAAAUUCUCAUUAUUUGUAUUGUUUAUUUUUCAUUUUUAUUGUUUUUAUGUAUAGAUAUACUAGCCAUAUAUACAGUAUUGUACCCUAAAUAAUUAACAUGUAAAAAAUUCUUUUUAACGAUACUCUUUUAGUACAAACUAUGUUGUAAGUAUGAGACUUUUAUGUUUCAUUCCAAAUGAAUAAAUUUAUGCCAAACAUUUUUUAAUCUUCUAUUC